AUGGCUUGGGUUUUUGAUAAUACAGAUGCAUUCCGAUGUGCCAAAAAAUCUAGAUUAAAAACUCUUAGAGCAAAACUUGGUUUAUUAAAUUCAGCACUUUAUACAACUUAUGGUUUGAAGCUCAAAGGUACAAAUAAUAAGCAUAUAUAUUAUUAUCUAGUUGGAGCAUUUGAUAGUAUAUAUGCUUAUGCAUAUACACCCGAGUUGCCACCAUACCAGACGGAAACUCCUCCCAAUUCUAUCUCACAGAAUACUCAGGACUUAUUUGAUAUUGUUAAUGUUCUCAAUAAAUAUAACCUAUCGGCCGAAUCAAACCCACUUCAAUUAUGUGCUCAUGCCGAUGAGAUUAGUACUAUGCUACCAGAUUGGAAGGCUCAUAAAGAUGUGAAAGAGGCUCUCUGUCAGCGCUUAUUCAAAGAAAAUCAAAUAGGAGCUCUGGUUUCAAACAACAAAAAGAAAAGGCUUACUAUUAAGAAAAGAGCUCAAUAUUGUGCAAAAACUAAAGAUGUAUGGGAUAUUUGGUUACAUGCUUUAGACUUAGCUGUGCCAAAAAAUAAUACAGAUAAAGCAAUUGUGGCAGCCAGUUCUCAUGUUUCACAAUUUUGUAGAGAGUUAGCAGAAGCUGAAGUUGGUUCUGAGCAAAUUUAUAUAUAUGCCAAAUUACCAGAAGUUACUCGAGCUUCUAACGAAAUUCAAAAAAGGCAACUUGAACAGUGA